AUGUUUGAGAACAACAACUCCAACAACACCACCGCCACAACCGCCGAUUCCACCUCGCCUGACCGCGGCCGCUCCAACGGCCACCUGUCUCCAGCAUCCAACGUCGACCGUCCUCUAUCAAAGGUCCGCUCGAGCUUCGUCUCUGUCGAGCACGGCAGUCCAAGCAGCCCAACCCCUGCCAUGGACAUCGAUCCGCAAAAGACAAAAGACGAGUAUCAAUCCAGGCAGCAGGAGAGUUCCGCCAGCCUGCGCCGCCACAGCUUCAGUCUGGACGAUGGCAGCAAUGCUAUUACCAACCUCAGGCAGAGUAUGACCCAGGAGGAGGAACGCCGGGGCUCAAACCCCAUGGUAGCAGAGACAAUCCCCGAGGCUGCCAUUGAGCAGACCCCCGCCGUCACCACUCCUGCAGUCGAGGCCAAGGACUAUAUGGCUGCUGGACAAAUCGCUCAUGGCAACAAUGAGAUGCCUCAAAGCAAGCUCCGAGAUGAGGUUUCGGCCGAAGAUGUCGCUGAGCCUGCUACCGCCACUCAGACUUCAGAAAUCAAGGCCGCUCAACCCAUGACGCUACCUGCUGAUGACAUGCCUGCCGACAACCCUGACAAGCCGGUGUCUGGCGUGCAAGAAGAGCCGGGUUCAAUGAAGCCUUCUGACCUAACAGAUCGUUCCCUUGUUUCGCCUACCCCUGAAGCCAGUGCAGACAACGAGUCGGCGCCGCCUGCAGAGCUUCCCUCGCGCGCCCGUCGCGGCACUGUCACAGCCGUCGAUGCCAGCCCUGCCUCUGUGCCUCAUAGACCCGCGAACAUCGUCGCAACCGAGCCCGAACCAUCAGCUGAAGCUCCGCCCAAGACGCCAACUUCUGCAAAGAAAUCGCCGGUCCCCACGCCGGUCAAGAAGUCACCAGCAGCCAAACCAUCGUCUACGCUCUCGCCCAAGCCGCCAGUUCGAAAGCCUAGCAAUUCUUCACUUGCCCAAGCUAAGUCGAAGGCUGACGCUGCUUCUACCAAGACGAAAUCUCCCCAGUCUAAACCCACUCGUCCUCGAUCGCCCACACGACCAAUCAAGGUGUCUUCGCAUCUCACUGCACCAACUGCCGCCUCAGCAGCAAGACAAGACUCGCAGCCAUCCAAGGCUUCAGUGUCUGUCUCCAAACCCGCUGUAGCCAACCGUCCUCAAGCGCGUGCUCCUGCAGCUACUACAAAGCCCGCAGCUCGAUCGUCACUUGCGUCAACAGCCAGCGUACCCAAGAAGACCGAGAGUAAACCUGCCAGUGCUCCCAAGGGCCCUGACGACAGUUUCCUUGCGCGAAUGAUGAGACCAACCGCGAGCUCAGCCAGCAAAGUGCAUGACAAGACUGAAGUCAAAAGUCCUCCAAAGCGUACACCUUCUGUAAUCAGACCAAAGGCUCCGACCAAACCCAAGACGGCAAAGGUUGAGAAGCCCAAAUCAUCAUCAUCUUCGGGCGAGAAGGCGGAACAAGCAGCCGGUGCUUCAACACCACAAGCAGUGUCGGAUGAUCAGGAGCACGGUAAUGCCGAAUUGGAAGCCACUCCAGCAUUUGACACUGCAACGAUUCGUUGA